GUGCUAUGUCGUCUGGGCUGCGUCUGGAGGAUUCUCCCUUCGGUCCCUAUGACUUCCUGUCUGCUGGCUCCGCCCCCCUAAGCUCUCCCGGCCAAUCAAUGGGCUCGGUGGGCGACAGCUGGCCCCCUCGUGCCAAAUCCCCCCAUGGGAACACCAACGUUACCUGGCCCCCAGAGUUCCGGCCCGGGGAGCCAUGGAAAGGUUACCCCAACAUCGACCCUGAGACUGACCCUUUCGUGACCCCUGGUAGUGUCAUCAACAACCUCUCCAUCAACACCGUCCGCCACGUAGACCACCUCCGAGACCUGACAGGACCAUCCUCAUCUCUAAACACCACAAUGCCUUCUAACAGUGCCUGGUCAUCUAGUCGUGCCUCCAGCCACAGUGGUUCACUCACCAGUACAACACAAAGCACUACAGCCAGGUCCGGUGAGUCUAAAUGGUCUCCAGGAGGAUGUAACUCGUCUCUGGCCCAUGAGCUGUGGAAGGUCCCUCUGGCUCCUAAAGGUCUUUCAGCCCCUUCCCGCCCCCCUCCCGGCCUCACCAGCCACCCUCAGAAACCUCCUCCAUCCUGGGGGGACGCUCCUCUCCGCUUGGGGGGCUGGGGGCACUCUGACUCCAGAUACACACCUGGUUGUAGUUGGAGUGACGGCAGCAGCAACUCAGGGAGAACCAACUGGCUCGUUCUCAAGAAUCUCACAACUCAGAUGGAUGGUUCUACUCUGAGGACUCUCUGUAUGCAACACGGUCCUCUGAUUACAUUCCACCUCAACCUGCCUCAUGGCAAUGCUGUCGUAUGUUACAGCUCCAAGGACGAGGCAGCCAAGGCACAGAAGAGUCUGCACAUGUGUGUACUAGGGAACACUACCAUUCUGGCUGAGUUUGCCAGUGAGGAGGAAAUCAACCGUUUCUUUGCACAAGGUCAGUCAUUGGCCGCUGCCUCCCCGGGCUGGCAGGCCAUUGGCUCCUCUCAGAGCCGAAUGGGCGGAGCCUUGGAGGGUUCCCACCCCUUCCCCAGCCGCGCCCCGGAGCCCAGUCAAUGGAACGUCAGCGACCUCCAUAGCUCCUCCCUUUGGGGCGGGUUGAACUAUUCCACUAGCCUAUGGGGCGCCAGCGAGGGCGGCAGGAUCAACAGCCCUUCUCCAAUCAGCUCCUUCCUCCCCGUGGAUCACCUGACAGGGGGCGGGGACUCCAUGUAAAGCCCCGCCUCAGUCAAACGCUGGACAGCGUGACGACAGACGGACGAGUCUAGAAUCGUUAUCGCCGCCGUCUCAAACACAAAGAAAAGAAAGUCGAAGACCAAAAAACAAAACAAAAAAAGAGACUUGGUAAAUAACACAAUGUCACUAGUUGGUCUCCUUCUCACUUACAAAUAUAUAGGAGGGGGGGGCCACCCUGUGGAAAAUACAUACAGGAAG